AUGACAAAUAAGAACCUCAAGGAAAGACUGGCUUGCCACCUCCCGGUUGAGCUUGAAUACAAAGCCUUGUGGGCAAUCAAGCUCCUGAACUUUAACAUCAAAACCGCCAAGGAGAAGAGGCUGGUCCAGUUGCAUGAGAUAGAUGAAAUCAGGCUUGAUGCCUUUGAAAGCUCUAGGAUCUACAAAGAGAAGACUAAGGCAUUCCACGAUAAGAAGAUCUCAAGGCGUGAAUUCAAGGCUGGUGACCAAGUGUUGUUGCUUAACUCUCGGUUGAAGAUCUUUCCCGGAAAACUCAAGUCAAGGUGGUCAGGAACUUUUGUGAUCAAGGAAGUAAGACCGUAUGGAGCUGUGGUAUUGACAGGAAAGCGUGGAGAAGAUUUUACAGUGAACGGUCAACGUUUAAAGCUCUACAUGGCUGAUCGGGAGAUUGGUGAGGAAGCCUCGGUUCCUCUCUCUGAACCAAUCCCAGCCUAA